UAUGUAAAUGCAAAGUGCAAUCUCACUGUUCUAUUCUUCAGAUUUGUUUUCUGCAACCAACUCACAACAAUGACAGACGCUGCCGCUGAAGACGCCGCAAAACGCCGUAGUGCUGCGGCGGCGUACCAGAAGAAGCUCCUUCAACACAAGGAAUUGGAAUCCCGAGUACGAUCAGUGAGGGAGAAUUUGCGAGCUUCGAAGAAAGAGUACAAUAAAACUGAAGAUGACUUGAAGUCUCUUCAGAGCGUUGGACAGAUCAUUGGCGAAGUUCUCAGGCCUCUGGACAAAGAACGCUUGAUUGUUAAAGCAAGCAGCGGGCCUAGGUAUGUGGUUGGCUGCCGCAGUAAGGUAGACAAGGAAAAACUGACGUCCGGCACGCGAGUCGUUCUUGAUAUGACGACACUCACCAUAAUGCGAGCCCUUCCACGUGAAGUCGAUCCAGUGGUUUACAGCAUGUUGCAUGAGGAUCCUGGUAAUGUUAGUUACUCCGCCGUUGGUGGUUUAUCUGAUCAGAUAAGGGAAUUGAGAGAAUCAAUUGAACUUCCUCUGAUGAAUCCUGAACUCUUUCUUCGAGUUGGAAUUAAACCUCCUAAGGGUGUUCUCCUUUAUGGGCCUCCUGGUACCGGUAAAACAUUGUUAGCUAGAGCAAUUGCCAGUAAUAUAGAUGCUAACUUCUUGAAGGUUGUCUCAAGUGCAAUAAUUGAUAAGUACAUUGGAGAAAGUGCCAGGUUGAUACGAGAAAUGUUUGGGUAUGCCCGUGAUCACCAGCCCUGCAUCAUUUUUAUGGAUGAGAUCGAUGCCAUUGGCGGUCGUCGUUUUAGUGAGGGAACAAGUGCAGAUCGUGAGAUUCAAAGAACACUAAUGGAGUUGCUAAAUCAACUUGAUGGGUUUGAUCAACUUGGGAAGGUUAAAAUGAUAAUGGCAACAAACCGGCCUGACGUACUGGACCCUGCUCUUCUGCGUCCAGGUAGAUUGGAUAGAAAAAUAGAAAUCCCAUUGCCAAAUGAACAAUCAAGGAUGGAAAUUCUGAAGAUUCACGCUGCUGGGAUUGCUAAGCAUGGUGAAAUAGAUUAUGAAGCUGUUGUUAAGCUUGCUGAGGGAUUUAAUGGGGCCGAUCUUCGAAAUGUCUGCACGGAAGCUGGAAUGGCAGCAAUUCGUGCAGAACGUGAUUAUGUGAUCCAUGAAGAUUUUAUGAAGGCUGUUAGAAAACUAAAUGAGGCAAAGAAACUUGAAUCCAGUGCUCACUACAAUGCUGAUUUUGGGAAAGACUAAAAACUGCGUUAAAAUUCUCAGAGCCAGGAUACGUAGGCAGUGCAUUUUUUUAGGCCAGAAGGUCAGACCUUGGUAAGUAGUAGCCUUUUUGGGCUAUGCUUUGUAGUUUGUACUAUCUGAAAAUGCAGUUAGAUGAAAAAAUUAUCAACCAAAAAUCAGAUGGUGUUCAGUUGAGUUAUUUUCCUAAACAAUUGCAUUGGUUUUUAGUUUUGUAUUGGACAUAUUACUGAUAUUUGAAAUGGGUCUUAACUUUGAGUUUCUCCCCAUUUAAGAUUGAAGACAGCUUAUUAAAUCAAUUUGCAUAGUUUAGUGUUG